CUACACUACAAAGUGGAAGCGUGGGAGUAUAGCCAAAACGCAGCAUCGGCCCGAAGUUUCAACUUUCAAGCUUUGAGAGAAGGAACAGCAAGAAACCCUAGCUAUCUUCCACCUCAGUCCGUCAGUCCGUCCUUCCUCGCUCUUUCUCCAAACCUCAUCGGCUCGCUCCGGCUUCGGCAUCCGUUUCUCUCUCGAUGACAAGCGCUUGGACAAAUUUGAGCUGUGCAAUCAUGCAUAGUGAUAUAGAGAGGGAGUGGGAAAAUCAGGGUGGAGUGGACUUAUGAGUAUUAUUUUUUAUAACUGGAGAUUGUUUCUCACCUUCGGAAGAGCUAUACAUCUACAAAAAAAUUGUGGAAUGAUGAGGAGACCAAAUAUAUAUUUCCAAUUUUGUUAUAGCUUUGGAGCAUCUUGGAGCAAAUGAGCAAUGGAGCUUGUGGAGCACCGCCCACAUUGAUGAAAGCUUUGCUGUACACUUCUGGUACAAAAAAUGAGUGGUCGCUUUUCUCGUACAAUCUAUGUUGGCAAUUUGCCUGCAGAUAUAAGAGAAUCAGAAAUUGAAGAUUUAUUUUACAAGUAUGGCCGUAUCCUGGAUGUUGAAUUGAAGAUUCCACCUCGCCCCCCUUGUUAUUGUUUUGUCGAGUUUGAGAAUGCUCGGGAUGCUGAAGAUGCAAUAAGGGGUCGCGAUGGCUAUAACUUUGAUGGUUGUAGGUUAAGGGUUGAGCUUGCCCAUGGUGGUAGAGGACCAUCAUCAAAUGAUCGCCGUGGGGGGUAUGGCAGUGGUGGUGGGAGUGGGGGUCGGUUUGGCAUCUCACGCCAUUCUGAAUUUCGAGUUAUUGUUCGUGGUCUUCCUUCUUCUGCUUCCUGGCAAGAUUUGAAGGAUCAUAUGCGAAAAGCUGGAGAUGUGUGUUUUGCUGAAGUUUCUCGUGAUAGUGAUGGGACUUUUGGCGUUGUUGAUUAUACAAACCAUGAAGACAUGAAAUAUGCUAUUCGGAAACUUGAUGAUACUGAGUUCAGAAAUCCUUGGGCCAGAGCUUAUAUUCGGGUGAAGCAGUAUGAGAGCUCUCCAUCAAGGAGCAGGAGCCGGAGCCGUAGCAGAAGCCGAAGUUCAAGGAGAAACCGGAGCAAAUCAUUGGAACGAUCUGUUUCAAGGUCAAGGUCAAAAUCUAGAUCUGCUUCACCUCUUAAAUCAUCCAGACCAAGAUCAAGGUCCGGGUCCAGGUCAGAAUCUCCCAACAAGGCACGGUCCGGAAGUGCCUGACUGCUAUAAACUACAGUGAAAACCGCCGGGGCCUUCUUAGAUGGACUGCUCCUUUUAAAUGUCGAUGGUGAAGUAAACUCAGACGAGUUUCAGGGGCUAGUUUUUCUAGUCAUCCAGUUAUUUACUUGGAAUAUUUUGAUGAAAACGUGAACCAGCAGUAGUAUUUGGCCUGAUGGUUUCUAGUCACUUUGUUGGUCUCGGAUUUAUGUUAGCACACUUUUUAUGUUGAACCUGGGCAAUUUUCCAAUGUUUGUGACACUCCCAUCAUUUAGAUGACUGAACAUCGUGUUGGUUUGUGCUCUA